UCAGUACUUUUCGAGAUUUCCAAGUGAUUAAACGUGUGCACACAAUUAAACCACGAACCAGGCGACGACCAUAGCGAUCAGGCCAAUACGGAGCUAAAGAAAAACAGACGAAAUACAAAUAAAUUAAAAAUAUUAUUUUUUGUGCAAAACCGGUAAAAAGUUGAAAAUAUUUUCCGCAGAAAAGUGCGGCGAAGUAGUGAAUACAAGUACACAUGUACUUGCAAGUAUAUUGCGAAAUUUUUGACAAUGCCUGUGUGUGGAGAUUUUAGAUUUUCAUAAUUCAUUGGAACUUCUCGACCUACAGCAACAAAAUAAAGACCCCUAAACUAAACUGAACUAUAUUUUUUAAUAUUAAACAAAAUAAAUAAACUUACUUGGAACUUAAAAAAUUGAAUUGUGGCAACGGUACUCGAAGACGUGUGCUGUGCUGGUAGUGUCUCGGAGUGUCAACGCUUUGGCACACGCGGUCACACAUUUUCGCCGCGUUGGCCACUUCCCGUCCACGCCGCUGAAUCAUCCGUCUAAAUUCUGUCUGCAUGCAGUCUUUUCGCAGAAAUAUUGAACGCAAAUCGCAAACUAUACUUUGAAAAUCACUCGGUCGGUCGGCCGAUCGGUCAGAAUAGUCUCCGACAUAUUUGUCUCCAAUUUUCAGAACGGAUACGAAUUAAAAUGACGAAAGAACAAGCAACCGCAAUACCAGAAGAGCUGUAUAAUCUCACUCAAUUGGCUGAAGUCACACUAGCUGCCGGACGACUCAGCACAACUAAUAUCACAGAAAUUAAAGACUACAUAAAACGUCAUAAAGCACUGGAUUAUCUCGCUGAUGAGACAACCGCUCCGAAGAAAGCAAACGAUCCGCAAAUGUCAGAACCUUCAAGUGUGAUAGAAAAACCUGCAAGCAGUGCGAACAAUGGGUCCAGCAAUGGCUUGUGGCACAAAAACCAAGAGUUCAAUGCUAGAAACCAACCUUAUGACAACACAGAAUUUCAGAAUAACCAAACGGGUCAUCAUAAUUGCAACACUUUAUUAACAGUGCCACGUACUACAUUCUACUCUUCCUCCGAUGAUGAUUCCAACUACUACAGCCACAAGGUAUUUGAUCGGAAGAAGCUUCGUCGUUCCACAAUUUCCGAUCACUCACGAUACGAUGAGCACUCGUGCAGCAGCUUGCCUAGCUGCAGUAGUGACGAACAUUUCAUGGGCUCUUCAAGUAAUUCGAGCAACUCAGAGGGCAGCAAGUUGAGCGAUGGUGCUGAGGGCAAUACCCAUGACGCUAAUUUACUCGACGAUGAACACAUAUGUCCGGAAUGCGGCAAGAAGUAUUCGACAUCGUCCAACUUAGCAAGGCAUCGACAAACACACAGGUCAAUAAUGGACAAGAAGGCGCGACGAUGUCCAUACUGUGAGAAGGUCUACGUCUCAAUGCCCGCCUUCAGCAUGCAUGUGCGCACACACAAUCAGGGUUGCGAAUGUCAGUAUUGUGGCAAAUGUUUCUCUCGUCCGUGGCUGUUGCAAGGCCACAUACGGACACAUACCGGCGAGAAACCCUUCAAGUGCAGCGUGUGCAACAAAGCUUUCGCGGAUAAAUCGAAUCUGCGCGCCCACAUACAAACGCAUUCGAAUACCAAGCCACAUACCUGCGCUCGCUGUGGCAAGGCGUUCGCACUUAAAUCCUAUCUGUACAAACAUGAGGAAUCUUCGUGUAUGAAAAACCACCAACGCAACGGGGAACGCAGUGAAGCUCGUACAAUUCGAAAUGCAGCAAAUACGCCCAACGCCACUACCGUUAAAAGCGUGAACAUGCACUCGUUGACGGACUCUGCCAAGUCCACGUUAGCCACAAAACUAUUGCAAAAAGAGAAAGUUCGACGUCAAGCCGGCACACUCACCUAUGGUGAAAUUCUGCCGGAAUCCAUGCAUAAGCCACUUGAAAUCACCACCAUUUUGACGCUAACCGAGAACAACUGCACUAUGAAGGCGAAUGUGGCACAAGAGAAGUCGUAUACAAUGCUCACCAGCCCCAUGUCUCAGGAAGAAUAUGAUCGUUUUAAGCGCAUAAGCGUUAUACAGACGACAACUGCAAGUGAUAUUAUCUACCGCGAUCAUACGAUUGGACCCAUCGCUAUUGCUAAUGGGGCAACGCACAUCCCCUUACAAUAUUGUAAUGCGGGAAAUGAGCAUCCACAACAGGUACAAGACCAACCGGUUGACUUUUCGCCAAAAAAUAAUUUUACACAUUCAACAAAGACCAGCCCUUUUGAAUUGACCGGUAAUUAUGCAAUCUUAGCUUAAAGAGGGGUACGUAUACCUUGAAAAUAGUUCAAAAAGACAAUGACAACUGAAAAAGUUAGACUGUUCGUAUGUAUGAAAACUCUGGAGCUUCAAUAUAAAUGUGCUCAGAUACAGAGGGUAAAAUAUUACAUAGAAAAGACGUGAAUGUUACGGAUUGAUUUGAAAAGUAAAUUUCGAAUUUUAUGAAAUUUUCUCGCUCGAAGUCAAAUGCUAACAAAGUUCUAAGGACGAAGCACUCAUAAUUCAGCAACCUGGUGUGAUGAAGAGAACCUAAAAAAAGUCGACAUAAGAUACUGUGGCAGAUAUUCACACAGUUUCAGAAUAGGGAUUCAUUGAAAUCAUCUUUAUUUGACUAAAGUAUUGUUUAGGGUAAAUUUUUUUUUCAAAAUAAUGUCAAAAUACAAGUUUUUCAUCUAACUCGAUCACAAAGAUAGGAAAAUUCUGUCAUGUUUAUAUACCCUGAACAGAGUAUAUUAGGGUAAGUCUGUCACGAUGCUUGUAACUCCCAAAAGGAAACGUCGGAGGACCUAUAAAGUAUGAUCAGCGAGACGAGCUAAGUCCAUUUAGCCAUGUCCGUCUGUCUGUCUGACUGUAUAUAUGCAAGCUAGUCCCUUAGUUUUUGAGAUAUCGAACUGAAAUUUUACACACGUCCUUUUCUCCAUAAAAAGAUGCUCGAUGUCAAACCACUAUAGCAUAUAGCAGACUAUUAUCUAAGUCAUCGCUAUAAUCUCCAUUCAAAUUGUUAAGAAUAGGGAUAUAGCUGUCGAUCAAGCCUAAGUCUUUGUAUGGAAAACCAUUUUAUUUGGCACAGAUUAUUAUUCAAAGCAUCGAUAUAGUCUCCCAACAUAUUGUUCAGAUCGGACCACUCCUAUUGCUGCCAUUCGAACCGACCGAUCCAAAUCGGAAUAACGAUAUUUUUAUACCUUUUAUGCUAUAAUAAAGCUCCGGUGAAGGGUAUUAUAGCUUCGGUGCAGCCGAAGUUAACUUUUUUUGUUUUGGAUUAGAUUUAUAGUCUAAAUAUGAUGGCAUAUCGUUAUGGUAUAAAAUAGGUCUUAGGCCAAAUACGAAACAUUGCGAUUAUUCUUCUUCAAAAUUUUAACAGUCUCAACCUUACGGACUCUGGUAAAUUAUAAAUUGAUAAAUAGUAACGAAAAAUAAUACUUUUUUAGUUAACUAAAAUUCUUUUAAAAAAUGCCGUCACCAUUAGACUUAUUCUUCUGUCUACUUUUGGCGAACGUUCAAAACUUCUUUCCUCUCUUAAUCUUUAUAACAAUUUGUUGCUUAGAACUUUGAAAGCAUGAGAAAUGGCGAGACUUGUUGGACUAAAUACAAUAUACAAUAAAAUAAGCAAAGAAAAAAUAAUGAUUUAACUGAAAAGAAUUUUACACUGGUAGUUUAGUAGAAAACUGAUUGUGAUAAUUAUAAAAAGAUUAGUCUUAGCUGAUUAAAAACUACUCCGUAAGUAAAAAACAAAAAUUUAUAUAUAUCGAUAUGCGUUAAUUGCUGUAAACUGGCAGCACUGAAAUAUUUUAAGAAUAUAAAUAUAUCAAUUUGCAAAAACAAAAAAACCAAAAAUUGUCAUAUUUGAAAUCUACGGACGUAUAAUUGUAUAUUUAACACUCUCUUUUGUACAAUAUAUAAAACUUUUAAACAUAAAGAAGUGUUGAAGACCAUUUAACCGUAAGCUUAACAAUCCAGUGACUUAAAAUUUGUAUUAAUAGCUAAAAAUAUUAUUAUAUUUCACUGGUAAAGAAAUCAAAGCUCAAUUUCCUUACACUGAAACUUAAAACUGCAGCAAAAAAUAUUAUUUUGACUAUACAAGUAUUUACUGGUUAAAAAAUACAAAUAAUCAAUAUACUCAAAUUAUUACAAUUAAUUCCAAUUGAUACAUUAUAAAACAAUACAAUACAACUAAAAAAAUUUGAUAUCAUAAGAAAAAAUCUAAUACUAAAAUCCCUAGCCUAAUAUUUCAUAUUAUAUUUGGAAAAAAGCGAAAUGCAACUCUCAAUCUGCAAAUUUAUGUAUGCUCUUCAGGGCUAUAGAGAGAAGUGAGAUGCCCGGGGAUGAUUAUAGGGAGUUGUUGGAGAAAAAAAUCUGCAAAACAUUGUUCCAAAACAUCGGACACCCCUGAGAGUUCUAGCCCCGGGAGUAGUUAUCGCCGAGCCCCUCUCUUCUACACUAAUGUUCUUUAUUUUUGCACAAAUUUCUAUAAUAAAAUAGUGAAUUCAAUUUAAAUGGAAAUAUUUUUCUCUGCUUGCGUAUGUGUAAUGCUCACCGAUUUAUUGAAAUAUUUUUUAAGCAACAGUACAGUAUUUCGUGCAACGUAAACGUUGAGGUAGCUUUCCAUGAAUAUUUAUUCGUUAAAAAAAAACAAUAAUAAUUAUAAUAAACAAUAAUAAAUGAAUUUAAAAAACAAGCAAAGUCAUGAAUUAAACUUAGAAGUAGACACACACACAAUGAUCUUAAUUACAUAUAGGCACUCGUACUUGUAAACAUUUUUAGACAGCUUUUUGCACAAAAUCAAUUUUUUUUGUAUUAAUUAUGCUAAUAUACUCAAAUGUUAUUAAUAAUUGUUUAAUUAACUGUAUAUCAUUGCUAUGGCAGCGUGUACAUUAAUUAAUUGUGUAAAUAUGUAUGGGUUUCUAAAACUGUAUAUCUGUAUCCACACUGAAACGGACGAGAUGUUCUAGUCUUUAAUUUUAAAAGUUGAACUCUGCUAAGUCUCAACUGAAACUGUAAAGUUCUUGCUUUAACCUAGCAUUUCGUUUUGCAUACUUUUUAAGUUAAAAUAGUUUUUAUAAAUCAUUAGUUGUAGGCCGUAUUAUGUGCAAUAUUAAAACAUAAAAAAAAAAAUUUAGAGUGUGCUACCAAUUAGUUUAAGUUGACAUUUUCGAGAAUAUUUUCAAAAUCUCCACACCAAGAGCAGAUCUUCACAUAUGUAUUGACUUUACUUGACAUACUCGUACAUAGACAAAAGUAUGUACAUAUGCAGUACAAAAGGGUGUGCAUAAAUACUCGUAUAUUCAUGCAUACUUGCAUAUGUAUUGUAGUUCGAUUGGAUGGAGUACUCAUUUAAACUCAAGCCAAGUAGUUUUUAAUUUUUUCUAUUUUAAAUAUUUUUUAAGUAGAAACAGCGCAUUUGUAUAGCCUUUGUCAAGUUUAUUUUUUAUAUUUAAUACUCAUACAUAUAUACAUACUUACAUAUAUAUAUAUUUUUAUUUAUGUAAAUACAAAGAAAUAUACAAAAAGCUACGUAUGCCAAAGAUUAUGUUUAGUUUUGCAUUAAAUGCUCGUGAAAUUGCCGAGCGUUUGCAAAUUAAACUUAAAAUAAAAAAGAAAACAAAAAUAAAAAA